GCUCAUCACAUCUCCAUUUCCGUCGGAUUUUCGCAACUCCUCCGUGACACGCCGCGGCCUCUCGGAUAGCGGCGAUGGCGUCAACCGGUGUCCCCUCUCCGGCGAGAAAGUACUUCUGGGGCGACUCCCCGGAGCCUGACGAGUACUACGUCUCGCUGGGGCUCCGCCACAGCGAGUCCUACUACCAGUCCCCCUGCGGCCGCCUCUUCACCCAAUCCUUCCACCCGCUCUCGGCCGCGCACGACGGCGAUGUGAAGGGUGUUGUGUUCAUGACGCACGGAUACGGCACCGACUCCUCCUGGCUCUUCCAGUACAUCGCCAUCAGCUACGCGCAGUGGGGGUACGCCGUGUUCUGCGCCGACGUCCUCGGCCACGGCCGCUCCGAUGGCAUCCAUGGCUACGUCGGCGACAUGGAGUCCGUCGCCAGGGCGUCGCUCUCCUUCUUCCUAUCUGUACGGAAGACCACCGCCUACGCUCCGCUCCCUGCGUUCCUCCUAGGCGAGUCCAUGGGCGGCGCCGCCACGCUGCUCAUGUACCUCCGCUCCCCGCCGGAUGCCGGGUGGACGGGACUCAUCUUCUUGGCGCCGCUGUUCGUCAUCCCGGAGGAGAUGCACCCGUCCCGCGUGCGACUAUUCCUCUACGGCCUCCUCCUCGGGUUCGCCGACACCUGGGCCGUGCUGCCGGACAACAAUAUUGGCUGCAAGGCCAUCCGGGACCCGGAGAAGCUGAAGGUGGCCGGCUCGAACCCGAGGCGAUAUUGCGGCGCUCCGAGGGUGGGCACGAUGCGGGAGCUGGCCCGCCUCACGGAACUGCUCCAGGAGAGCUUCGGGGAGGUGACGGCGCCGUUCCAGGCGGUGCACGGCACCGGCGACGUGGUCACCGCGCCGGAGGGGUCCAAGAUGCUGUACGAGCGCGCGCCGAGCGAGGACAAGUCGCUCAUCCUGUACGAGGGAAUGUGCCACGAGCUCAUCACGGGGGAGACGGACGAGAACAGAGACCGCGUGCUCGCCGACUUGCGCGCAUGGAUCGACGAGCGCGUCCGCCGCUACGGCAACGCCGCCGUCAGCACGCCGGCCUAGAACGGCAACACCAAGGAAGUGGCGAUGGCCCGACGUAAUCUCUGCGCAUUUUCACUUUCUUUCUUUCCUUCGUCUACAGUUCAGUGGAGAUGAUAUUAUUUGGGUUUCAUUUGCCCUUAAUGCUCUGAAUUCUGAAACUUCUUUUUCGUGAGAGAUUAAAGAUCUGAAUCUGACUAUAACAGCAAUAGUUCGAUUAAUAUUGCUUUCCCAUCAUUUUUGUUGAGCAUUCUCAGCCCUUUGGCGCCCUUGUAAGAGGAACAGUUGUGUUUACCAUUUU